CUCGAAUAUUAUUGGGUUAAUAUUUCUCUGAUUGUAAUAUUAUUCUCUCUUGUCUGGACUUCACACUGCUUUCUGCGUUUCUCUCGUCCCCACCACGCAGCUCUAUAGCUGUUCGCCCCCUGAAACAAUGAUGCAGCAGCAUGGCGACGAUCUGGACGAUGACUUCGUGCCAGACGACCUUGUCGCGCUCUCUGGCGAAGAAGACGAGAUCGGCAAUUCUCAGCUCGGUGCUGGUGAUGAUAUCCAAGGGCUCUUGAGCGCCGAAGAGGACGCAGAGGAUGACACCUCGGAUCAAAGACACAAGGCCGUCAUAGUGAAAAAAAGGAAACGCAGAGAGAAGGAAAAAGAAAGAAAGGCAAAGAAACGAAAAUUGGCCGAAUCUGUGGAUGCCACGGAGCCAACUUCUAUCGCAGCGCAACCUCCGCACAUGUUGGCAGACUAUAUUUCGUCCAUGCAGGCAAAAACAUAUCCGUCCAUGUCAGAUAUAGAGCUCGGGGAUCUGCGAAUACCCGAAACUUCGAUAGCGGACACGACCUCAUGGACGGAAUCGAGGUCAUUGGAUCAACUGGUUGAUUUUAUCACUGGAGUUCUUCCGACGCUUCAUAAACGGUUGUCCCAGAGAUCCAAAUCCAAUGGAGCUCCGACGCUCUUGUUCGUGGCCAGUGCAGCCCUUCGUGUAAUAGAUGUGGAGCGAAUUCUCAAGGACAAAAGGCUACGGGGCAGCAAAGGCGGGGAUGUGGCCAAGUUAUUUGCGAGACAUUACAAAAUAGAGGAUCACGUCCGGUACCUGAAGCGGUCACAAGUCGGGGCGGCUGUAGGUACGCCAGGGAGGAUUGGUAAACUGUUAAGUGAAACCGAUGCGCUCUCUAUUUCUGCACUUACACACAUCAUCCUCGAUGCCACGUUCAAGGAUGCGAAGAAACGCUCUAUUUUAGAUGUACCAGAGGGUAGGGAUGAGCUUUUCAAGACCGUGCUGGGCAACUCCAAAGUACUGGAGGCAAUAAAACUAGGCAGAGUUCAAGUUGUUCUCUUCUGAAAUAUGAUAUUACCCUUUGGGUCAAUGAAAUACAGUAUGAUGCAGUAUAUUUAGCAUGUUAUCUAAUGAAUGAUAGAAAGCUAGAAGCCCUUUGGAUUGACUCUCAGUGUCAAUCUUGUCCAUUUUGGAACCUUGUGGAUACCUUUUCGAUAGCCUCGGUGGUUAGGACUGAACACAGUGUAUUUGUCUUUAGGGUCCAUUUCGUGCUCCUUGGGCAGAAGAAGAGCUCGAUCCAAUGCAGCACACUGAACACCACUGGCUCUUACAGCCUCAAUUACCGCGUCAACUUUCUUUAGGCGGGCUCGGGCAUUAGCUUUCCUUGUCGGCGACAACUUCCAUGGAGUUUUCCAUAGCAAACCUCCAAAAUUAACUGAUGUUGGUCGAAAUGCUCCAAACAUGUUGAAGGACGUGAAGAAAGCUGCAGCCGU